AUGGCUCUAAAAGUAUUUUGGCAUGUUGAAAGUCAUGCCGAAAGUCUUACUGAAAGUCGAAAGUCUUACCGAAAGUCGAAUGUUUUACCGAAAGUUGAAGUCUUACCGAAAGUCGAAAGUCUUACUGAAA